GCCAUGGGAGAUGCGCCCAAGAGCAGCUCCGCCCGCCGCUCAUGGCACACCCUCUUCCCCGAUGAUGCUCCCACACCCACCGCUCCCUCAAGCCCACCCCCAGCGCUCAGGACGCUCCCUCAGUCGCAGUCGGCCACCAAUCUGAUUUCAUCCCCGCAGCUUAUAAACAAGUCGCCGGGCCAGAAGAUGGACGAGGCCAAAGCUUCUCAGCAGCCGCGCGCCGGUGAUCCCUCCGCCAACGAAGUCGUACAGGAGGUGGAGGCCUCCGCCAAUGACCGCGUCCAGGAGGAGAAGGAGGCGCCCAAGACCGAUCUGCCCGCUUCUGGUCCGGAGAGCACCCCGCUGGAUGUGGCUGCCGGUGACAAGAAAAAGGCCGUGGCAAAGGGGAAAGUGGCAGGCAUUCGUAUUUGGUCCGUGGAAGACGAGUUUGGCAUCCUCGAGUCCCUCGCCGCGUUCGUCAAAGCUUAUGGGAAACCUCCAGGUCGCUCCCAGCUGUGUGAAGUCGUCCGCGAGCACGUUGUUGACAAGAAAGAGUUCACCAAGACACAGAUUUACGAGAAGGUCCGCGGGCUGAGGAACAAGUACUAUACUAUGCGGACCACUGCUGCUGCUUCUGGAGCACCACCACCUGGAGAUGCUGAUGACCUGCGCAAGUAUGAUCUAUCCAGUAAAAUUUGGGGUGAUUCCCUGAUGUUGCCCAAGCGUGAGAUAAAAGAGAACAGCUCUGGCCAGCCGCUUGUCCGUAGGAAGUUUGAGGAACUCCGGGACAUGUACCCUCACCUCACUCUAAUGGUGGAGGAGAUCGCUGGUGGUGACCGCUGCUUUCUGAAAAGGGCGUUUGAGUUUAUUGAUGACGAUACAGCCCACCAGUUGGAUGCCAAGUUGAAGAAACAACGGAUUUUGAAAAUGAAGAUUCAUCAGGACCGUACGAGUAUCACGAGGGAGGUGCUUAGCACGCUUGUCGAAUACAUGACGUAAUACGCUGAGUUGGUCAAAUAUAUGAUGACAAGGUGUGAAACUGCUUCCUUAGUUUCGUAGUAGUAUGUCAAGAACUUCUGCAUCGUCAUGUGCCCUCAAGUUCUUUAUCUAUGUUAGCUCUGAUGAACCUUGAUGAACCGAGUAGUUUAUGAAGUGAGC